UCAUCCCUUUAUCCACAUCUUUCUCUUUCUAAAAGUAUUCAAAGCUUUGGUUUUUGGCCGAAAUUCAAUAUGAAAAAUUAGGUCAAAUUCAAACUACUCAACUGAAAGACCGAAAAGGGUAUGUUGGUCAUUUGGUUUUAACUGAGCUCAGGAGUACCUGCACUGCACUGGAGUAGUAGGUAUUUCUGUAAGUUUAAUCUGAACAUUGGUCACUCUGCUUACACCGCUCCCUUUCUUUUUCGUUUUUACAUCUUAGGUAACCAUGGCCCGGCCACGAUACAGCGCCGAUGUCUCUUUCUCUCUCUAGCCCAGAGUUUCUCUCUCAUCGAAACCCAAAUUUUCCUCUUUCUUCUUAUACGUUUUCUUCUCUUUUCUGAGGUAUUUAUUUUUUCCCAAAUGUUUCGGUUUUACUCAUACACCACCUUUUGCUGUUACACUUUUGGCAUUCCUCUCUCUCUUUAAAAGCGAAGUCUUAAGGCCGCUUUGUAUCUUUGCUGGUUCAGAUCCUUGGGCCUUCAGAUAAGUCUCUCUCUCUCUCUCUCUCUCUCUCUCUCUCGCGUUUGGGGUGCAUUUCUUACCUAUCGUAUUUGCUGUUAAUUUGUGUUGGGGUGGCAGAGAUCUGGAAUUUUUUGCCCCUUUUGUGCACCAUGAGAAACCUGUUUCUCAAUGAUUCAUGUAAAGAGCCACAGUUACAUGCACUGAAUCCACAGUCAUGGCUUCAGGUUGAAAGAGGAAAGCUCUCUAAAUUCUCUAAUCACUCAUCUUCCAACGAAUCCCUCUUCAAGGUAGCAGAACCGCCAGUUUUACCACACUUUAAGCCAUUGGAUUAUGUAGAAGUUUUAGCUCAAAUUCACGAAGAGCUCGAGUCAUGUCUUCCUCAGGAUAAGGCAGAUCUUUAUCUUCUCCAAUUUCAAGUAUUUCGGGGGCUUGGGGAGCGGAAAUUGCUUCGAAGAAGCCUCAGAUCAGCCUGGCUCAACUCCAACACCAUCCAUGAGAAAAUCAUUUUUGGGGCAUGGAUGAAAUAUGAGAAGCAGGGUGAGGAAUUGAUUUCUGAUCUAUUGGCCUCUUGUGGAACACCCAUCCAAGAAUUUGGUCCGUUAGAUCUUUCAUCAGAGCUUUUUGUAGAUAACACAAACCAAAUGGAUCAAAAAAUUGAAACACAAAUUGCAAAUUGUGGCGUCCUCUCUGAUACUGUUUGUUUUCGAAUUGGGGAUGACAAAAUAGUUUGUGACCGAAAAAAGAUAGCGAAGCUGUCGGUUCCUUUUCAUGCCAUGCUUUGUGGGUGCUUUGUAGAGUCUAGACAAGAGGACAUUGAUCUAUCUGAGAAUGGAAUUUCCCCUGUUAGUAUGGGGGCAAUCAAGGAAUUUAGCCAGAUUGGACAUUUAGGGGAUCUACCCGUAAAUAUUUUGCUUGAGAUUCUGAUGUUUGCCAAUAAAUUUUGUUGUGAGAAACUGAAGGCUACUUGCGAUAGAAAGCUUGCGUCUUUGGUUUGUAAUCGACAAGAUGCCAUUGAUCUUAUGGAAUAUGCAUUGGAAGAAGGAGCCCCUGUUCUCGCUGCUUCCUGCUUGCAAGUGUUCCUGCAUGAGCUUCCGGAAUGCUUGAGUGAUGGUCGAGUCGUUAGGGUUUUCUGCAAUGCCAAUGCUCGACAAAGGUCGAUUAUGGUGGGUAGAGCUUCAUUCUCCCUUUAUUGUUUCUUAAGUGAGGUUGCAAUGAAUAGUGAUGCUCAGUCUGAUAUGGCAGCCUGUUUCUUGGAAAGAUUAGUAGAAUGUGCAUGCAAUAGCAGGCAAAAGCAGCUGGCCCUUCAUCAGUUGGGAUGCGUUAGGCUCUCGAGGAAAGAGUAUGAUGAAGCGGAAUGCCUAUUCGAAGAGGCUUACAAGGCUGGCCAUGUCUAUGCCAUUGCUGGCUUGGCAAGAGUUGGUCUCAAAAAAGGUGAAAGCAAUAAGCUCGUAUCGUAUGAAAAGAUUGGUUCAGUUAUUGCUUCUUGUAAUCCUCUUGGUUGGAUGUAUCAGGAGAGGUCUCUUUAUUGCAGUGGUAGUGAGAAGUGGGGGGAUCUCGAAAAAGCCACAGAGUUGGACCCAACGCUUAACUACCCUUACAUGUAUAGGGCUGCUACUUUGAUGAGAGAAAACAAUAUCCAAGCUGCCUUGGCUGAGAUUAAUCGGAUACUUGGGUUCAAGCUGUCCCUCAAUUGCUUGGAGCUUCGCACUUGCAUUUACCUUGCUCUCGAGGAUUAUAGAUCGGCUCUAUGUGAUAUCCAAGCGAUUCUUACACUUAAUCCUGGUUACCGUAUGUUUGAGGGAAGGGUAGCUGCUUCUCAAUUGCGCACCCUCAUUCAUGAGCAUGUUGAGCAUUGGACAACUGCAGAUUGUUGGUUGCAGCUUUAUGAUAGGUGGUCUUCAGUUGAUGAUAUUGGGUCCCUUUCAGUCAUCUACCAGAUGCUCGAGUCAGAUGCACCGAAAGGCGUCCUUUACUUCAGACAGUCAUUGCUUCUGCUUAGAUUGAAUUCUCCAGAAGCAGCAAUGCGCAGCCUACAAUUAGCACGCAAGCAUGCAACCAGUGAGCAUGAGCGCCUGGUAUAUGAGGGUUGGAUUUUGUAUGAUACUGGUCAUUGUGAGGAAGGGCUUCGUAAAGCUGAAGAAUCAAUUAACCUUCAGAGAUCUUUUGAAGCUUUCUUUUUGAAAGCCUAUGCCUUAGCAGAUUCUAGCCUUGAUGCUUCAUCCUCUGCCACAGUUGUCUCACUUCUUGAAGAUGCGUUAAAGUGCCCUUCGGAUGGACUUCGUAAAGGCCAGGCGUUGAACAAUCUUGGGAGUGUCUGCGUGGACUGUGGAAAACUGGACUUGGCAGCCGAUUGCUACCUGAGUGCACUUAAGAUUCGACAUACCAGAGCCCACCAAGGUCUUGCUAGGGUCUAUUACCUUAAGAAUGACAAGAAAGCAGCAUAUGAUGAAAUGACAAAGCUCAUUGAGAAAGCCAGGAACAAUGCAUCUGCCUAUGAAAAGAGGUCUGAGUAUUGUGAUCGAGACCUCACCAAGGCUGAUCUCAAGAUGGUCACCCAGUUAGACCCUCUUCGGGUUUAUCCCUAUAGAUAUAGAGCUGCAGUAUUGAUGGACAGCCACCAAGAGCAGGAGGCGAUAGCAGAGUUGACGAGGGCCAUUGCUUUCAAGGCUGACCUCCAUCUCUUGCACCUCCGUGCCGCCUUCCACGAGUGCAUAGGAGAUGUGCCGGGGGCCCUCAGGGACUGCCGGGCUGCCUUAUCAGUGGACCCCAAUCACCAGGAGAUUAUGGAGCUCCAUACGCGCGUCCACACCCAAGAGCCCUGAUCCUCUCUCUCUCUCUCUCUGAAGCUCCAGGAGAUAAUGGAGUCUCUCUUUCUCUCUCUCCCCCCCUCUCGCUGUAAAUUAGUGUCUAAUGUAUGGAGAAAAAAUGGAGUGUGUAAAAGUGCUGCCUUCUAUCCGCCAAAAAGAAAGGGUUUGCCUUUUGCUUGGCCCAAGUAGGUUACCUUUGUCCAUAUUUUUUCUUGCGUUUUGCCCCCAAGUUUCCUCCCUUGUAUUAUUGUUUCUUUUGGUUAUUUUCCCAUGCAUAUGGUUGUACCAGUAUACACAAGAAGCCUCAAUAGAUCGUUCUUUGCCCAUUC